CUAGUACGGACAUAUUAGCCGAACACCAGACACCAGAAAUCAGAUUGGUCCUUGGUGUAGUCAGUGGUAUUAGAGUGAACAACACAAGGAAUUAUUGAUGCUUUAGAGAAAGAAUUUAAUAGGUUUAGGAAAAAAAAAAAAAAAAUAAAUAAAUAAAGUUUAAACCUUGUUUUGGCAUAGCAAUGGCCACUCUAGUUCUUGACAACGGAGCUUAUACGGCUAAAAUAGGAUACAGCCACGAAAAAGUCAGUGUAAUACCCAAUUGCCAGUUUCGGUCAAAAACAGCAAGAUUGAAAACAUUUACUGCCAAUCAAAUUGAUGAAAUUAAAGAUCCAUCUGGACUGUUUUACAUUCUUCCGUUUCAAAAGGGCUAUUUAGUAAACUGGGAUGUCCAGAGAAAAGUGUGGGAUCAUCUGUUUGGAAGGGAAAUGUACAAGGUCGAUUUUGCAGACACCAGUAUAGUGAUCACAGAGCCAUACUUUAACUUCACUUCAAUUCAAGAGUCCAUGAAUGAAAUAUUGUUUGAAGAAUAUCAGUUUCAAGCUGCUCUUAGAAUUAAUGCUGGAUCCUUAAGCGCUCACAAAUACUUUCAAGACAACAGUUCAGAGCUGUGCUGCAUUGUUGUGGAUAGCGGAUACUCCUUUACACACAUAGUGCCAUACUGCCGGGGUAAAAAAAUGAAAGAUGGCAUAUGCAGGCUUAAUGUUGGCGGAAAGCUCCUGACUAAUCAUUUAAAAGAGAUAAUUUCAUACAGGCAACUCCAUGUUAUGGAUGAGACUCAUGUUAUUAAUCAAGUUAAAGAAGAUGUAUGCUAUGUGUCUCAAGACUUCUACAAGGACAUGGAAAUAGCUCAGUUAAAAGGAGAAGACAACACUGUGAUGAGAGAUUAUGUGCUCCCAGAUUUCAGCACAAUCAAAAAGGGCUUUUGCAAGUCUCGGGAAGAGAUGAAUUUUAGCGGAAAGUAUAAAACCGGGGAGCAGAUUCUCCGUCUCUGCAAUGAGAGGUUUGCUGUUCCUGAAACAGUCUUCCACCCCUCUGAUAUUGGAAUUCAGGAGAUGGGCAUUCCAGAAGCUAUUGUCAACUCUGUGCAAAACCUGCCUGAUGAAAUGCAGCCCCACUUCUUUAAAAACAUUGUGCUCACAGGAGGCAAUACCCUCUUUCCUGGGUUCAGAGACCGAGUUUUCAAAGACGUCAGAUCCCUCACGCCAACGGAUUAUGAGGUGUCAGUAGUGCAGCCUAAAAAUCCAGUGACCUACUCCUGGGAAGGUGGGAAACUGCUAUCUGAUAAUCCGGACUUUGAUGAGAUGGUUGUUACUAGAGAAGAUUAUGAAGAAAAUGGACACUGUAUAUGUGAAGAGAAGUUUGAUAUUUAAUGUCCCUCUUCUCUGUGAAUGCAUCAUAAACAUACCCAGAAUAAUUUGGUCACACAGGAGCCACCUUUUCAGGCAGUAUAAAAUAAUGUAUGCUGUUAGCAAUUCUAGUUGGUCUAAAAAUACAUUCAAAACUUGUUUGUGUUAUGUAUUAGACUUUGAUCAAUAUACAAAACAAAAGUAAUCUUUUGUUUGUAAUUUGGUUUGUUUGAACUAGAUUUACAUAUAUUUCCCAAGAUUGGUGAUCAGAAAAUAAAAAAUGUGUGGCAAAAAUAAUUUUUGACCAUGCUAUUACUCUUUCACCAUUACAAUUAGGGCUUCGGUGUAUAGACAGUAAACACCGGAAAACAAGAUUACAAUUAGGAAUGGGGGCUUGUUUGCAGAGUUUAAACCUGUAUUACAAUUAAGUUACAGAGGAUUUAAAACAGAAUUGCUGAUUGUGGUGAAAUGUAAAAAAAAAAUGCCUGCACACAAAACACCCAGAAGA